AUGCUCAAGUUCGUAUUACGGUUGUCUGAUACGGCACAAGCGGAUGCGUUAUUCUCUGAAGCAUAUGCUUGCCUAGAUCAGGGCCUAUGCUAUGAAGAAGAAAAUGACAGGGAGAAUGCCGCAUCCAUGUACGAACGCGCGCUCAAUCUUAUCGCGGAAGCUGAGAAAGCGAAGAAUGCCAAGAAAAGUGAGCUAUAUAAACACCUCAUGGAAGCGAAGCCCAGUGCGACUCAUCGACUGAAGGUUCUGGAGAAAGAAAUUGCCGAAAACAAAUCGAAGCAAACCGAAGCUGACGGUGACCAAAAAAAUGAAGAGGUAAAAAUUGAACUCCGAGAUUGUUUGGAAGGAGUUGGAGAUGCUGAAGCUGAUGUGAUUUUCUCGAUUCCCGAUGGAGUUCAGCUUUUCACAAUAGAUGGAGAAGAAACUACUGUGCCAACAUACCCGACAUCCCUCCAAAUUCUUCGGUUCAACAAAGACGAAUCUGCUUCAAAGCUUUCGAGCGCUCCGGCGGAUGCAUUGAUACAGGUCGGUCCAUGGGUUUACCCUUUGAUAAAAGGGAAAACCCCUGUUUUACGCAAUGACUUCGGUGCUUACGUUGUUUCGAAUCCAAUUCCAGAUAAUCCAAACCUAGCCGUAGCUAUCAUUCUUCCGGCUGAUGCGGGACCCACUGUUGAGAAAGAAUUUCGCGAGAUUCUGGAACAAUUUGCAGACGUCCGGGAUCAGGAGGUGAAAAAGGAGCUUUCCGAGGAAGAUAGAAAACGUAUCAGCAAAAAGAUUGCGAAACUAUUAAUUGAUGGUUAG